AUGUCACGGGCGCCAAGAAUCCCCGCUGCAGAGUGGGAUCGCCACAAAGACCACAUACAGGACAUGUAUGUUGUGCAAGGCAAAACGCUAGAAGAUUUUAUCAGUUGCAUGGCAAGAGAUCAUGGUUUUGAGCCCACCAAGGCGCAGUAUGUCCGCAAGUUGGAUGGUUGGAACAUGCGAAAGAAUUUCAAAAAAGAGGAAUGGGAGCAUGCCAACACUCUGGUCCGGAAGCGGAAAGCGUCUGGAAAAGACAGCGAGCUCGUUAUGAGUGGAAGGGUUAUCGACGGGGAAAAGCGGAGGAAGGCGCUCAACAGAUACGCCGUCCCUCUCGCAUCCUUCCCGGCACCUUCAACUGAUGUCGAGAUGAGCCCCGACCGGAUUAUAGCCCGAACUCCACCCUCGACUGGAGAAGGUCUAUUCAUCACGUACAACAACCUGCCUUGGUUUCAAUUUCAGGACCAUGUCAUAACACUAGCAACCUCUAGCAUGUCACCUGGCAUUCUUAGAUCAACCUCAUACGAUCAAGCAAUUUCUGUAGCCAAAAUCGUCUUCGGAAUUCCUGUGGAACAGCUUCUGUGGGACACAGAAGCUCUUGGAGACUUAUCCAACCUAUUAGAGGAUAAGGUGCCUAAAAAGCAGAACGACAACUUCAAGCACCACAUUGACAGGCUAUCGCAACCCCAACCACUGGUCCAGGUCCUCCAGUGGGCCGUCUUUCUCUCUUCCAAUGCACGUCUCUCUAACGAAAAAAUGGAUGGCUUGUUGAGAUGGACUAUCGAAGGUGGGCAUAGGCCGGUCAUGGAACACAUUCUUCGAAUGACGGGGCCUACAGUGAUGAUUUUCGCAUCCAACCUCCUCUUGAGCGCCAUCAGGGUUGACGAUCUAGCCUUUGUCACAAUGCUCCUCGAACAGGGCAUCGGCCCAAACAGCGCGGAUUCUACGUUCACCGGGAAAACCGCUCUUCAAACUGCGGUACUCUCUGCGGAUUCUGGAAUAGUUCAGCAACUUCUCGAUCAUGGUGCUGAUGUUAACGGCACUAUUUAUGGUCCAUUCGAACAUAUUCCCCCACUCAACCUCUUCCUUGCGCAAAAAGGUCGACCUAUCCGGAUUCUUGAGAUAUUGAUCGCAGCUGGCGCAGAUGUUAAUCACAUCGAGGCGGGUCACCUUUCCGCGCUUCAAGCAGCUGUUUCACACCUGGACCCAGGCAUGGUUAGUGUCUUACUCGAAGCUGGAGCCGACGUCAAUAUGCCCGUUGGAGAUAAGUACAAGGCGAUCUGUACUCAGACCUGGGAAAAGUGCAAAGCUUCCGGAAAUAGUAUGUCCUUGUCGACCCUCUGCACCCCACUUAGCCUCGCAGCUUCGUAUGGGCACAAGGAAAUAGCUCGGCUGUUACUAAAAGAAGGCGCGAAUAUCAACGGAUUGUGGUUUAGUCAAGCGGCGGCCAACAAAGGUUUGUACAUGUUUGACACUAUGGAUGCAACGGACACACGCUUGGGCACCGAAACACCGCUACAGUUAUCGGUGCGAUUUGGUCACCUAGCCAUGAUUAAAUUUCUCUUGGACGCUGGCGCCAAUACCAAUACUCUCAGCAUAUUUGGUUCAACCGCACUUCAAGACAUCUCUGCGGGGGAUUUGUCUCGGUCUAUGCGGCAGAAGGUGGCGCAUCUUCUCUUGGGACGAGGGGCUACCGUCAAUAUCCCCGCCAGCAGGAAUCUCGCCGGCAUGACGCCUGUCCAAGAAGCCGCUAGAUUAGGGGAUUUUGAGUUGGUCAGUCUCUUUGUGGACAAUGGUGCUGAUCUGAAUGCUGCUCCUUAUCACCGAGGAGGACGUACAGCCGUGCAAGCUGCAGCCGAGUCUGGAGAACCGGAGCUGGUUAUUUUCCUUAUCAACAGCGGCGCGGCCAUCAACGCCGAUGCUGCCGCGUAUGAUGGUCUCACGUGUCUUCAGGCUGCAGCUUCGACGGGUAACCUGGUACUGGUCAACAAACUGCUGCAAUGGGGUGCCAGUGUCAAUGCCCCGGCAUCCCUAGGAAAUGGACGAACAGCCCUCCAGGCCGCUGUCAUGGAAGGUGGUGUAGAGAUGGCCGAAAGGCUACUGCGUGCUGGCGCAGAUGUCAACCAGAUCACCAACGAUCAAGUGGCACUCUGCUCGGCCAUCGAGUAUUGCCACUGCAGCGACUACACCGACUACACCGACGACGACACCGACAGCAACGAAAACAGCGAGAGCAUCUUCAACCUACUAAUGAAAAACGGUGCCAACCCGGAUCCUAUAAAUGUUGAAACAACACCCUUGGCCAUUGCGGCCAGGACUGGUCAGGCCCAUAUUGUGGGUCGGCUUUUACACGCCGGGGCAAACCUCAACAGACCCUCACUCGACCCGGGCAGAAACCUCAACAGGAUCCCAGGUCUGACUCCCCCACAAACACCACUCGCCAUCGCAGUUGCAUACGGCCACGAAGACGUGGUUGAACUCCUGAUAAAUUCAGGGGCUGAUUUAAAUCAAGCCGGGCUUGAUGGAGGGAAUCUUCUUCUCCAUGCGUUUACCAACGACAGGUUUUCGCGUGGAAUCACAGAAUCACUAAUCCGUGGCUCCGCUGACCCCAACAAGCCGUCAUCAAACGGGGUGUUUCCAAUUCACGUAGCAGCUACAUGUUUAGACAGUAGUGAUGCGGAAGUGGCAAUAAGGAUACUCAUCGACGCUGGGGCUAACGUAAACACCUCGUGGGAAGCUACAACAGCACUUCAGAUAGUCGCUGAAAAGGGUCACGAGCGCGUUGUUGAGAUGUUGCUAGACGCUGGGGCUGACAUACACUCUGAAUCUGGAGCUACAACGGCUCUUCAGAUGGCUGUUGAAGAGGGUCGCAAGAGCCUUGUUGAGAUGUUGCUUGACGCUGGGGCAGAAAUCAACGCACCCGCAGCACCGAGUUUCGGUACUACCGCCUUACAAGCUGCAGUCAAGAGAGACGAUCUACCUCUCGUGCGAGACCUCAUAUCUCGUGGCGCCGAUGUUAAUGCUCCGCCAGCCAUUGAUCACGGUGCAACAGCAUUACAGCUCGCAGCUAUAAAUGGGAACAUCAACAUGGCUAUCUUGCUCCUUGAGGAAGGGGCAUACGUCAACGCGGAGCCAGCGGUUACUGGAGGACGGACGUCACUUCAGGGCGCCGCUGAACAUGGUCGUCUGGAUAUGGUCUACCUCUUGCUUGAGAAUGAUAAUGAAAUGGAAUCAAUUCAGGAGCGGUGCCAGGAUGCGGCCGAGUUCGCGGAUUCAAACCAUCAUCCAAUACUUGCGAAGGUCCUUCGAGAAUGGCAAAGGCCUUGA